GCUUGCGAGUUUACAAUCAUAUUUCUCCUUCACUCUCCAAUUUUUUCAAAAUUCCAAAAUGCAGGAGGAGACAGUUGAAUUCAAGAUGGAUGUUUCUGAUGAAAACAUCAAACGGGAAGCUAUGAGAGUUGUCUGGAUGGAUUCAGGAGUUACUUUAGUAGACAUCAAGGAAAAAGGUAUACUAAAGGUGAAGGGGAUAUUUGGUAAGAUUGUAAUGGGGAGCAAAUUAUAUGAGAUAGAUAAUUCUGUUGACAUAAUCAACCCAAUGGGUAAACCCGGGCCAAGUCGCAUUCCGGGUUUAAGUACAGUAUACAAUUAUCUUACAACUCCCAAAAUUCAGGAGAUAGUUGUAUUCAAGUUUAAAGUUCUUGAUGAUAGCAUGAAGCGUGAUGCUAUGAAAGCUAUCUGGGAGUUUUCAGGAAUUACUUCGGUAGAGGUUAAGAAAGAUAAUCAAGUAGAGGUGAAGGGAGGAGAAUUUAAUAAAAUCUCAAUGUCGACGAAACUAAAGGAAAUAGAUGAAUAUGUUAGCGUUACCAUCAAGGCUGGACCAGAAGUUGGUGGGACAAAGAUCAACAAUCGGUUAUAUUUCAAUAUGUCGCCUACGCAUGUACCUGUUCGUGCGCCUGUACCUGCGCCUACGCCUAUAACUGUACCUGCGCCUACGCCUGUACCUGUACCUGCCCCUGCUCGUAACCCCGAUAUACGGCGUAUAUCUUCUCCUGCGCGUAGGCUUCAUUUACCUGUUAAAACUUCAAUUUGGACAAAGUGCUUUCGGUGUGAUUGUCGAUAAAAUCUGUUCUGGAAUGGCCGUAUAUUGGAGUAAUUGAAUUCGUUGUAAUAUUAUGAUAGUUUAUUUACAUGUCAAAGUCAAAGUUAAAUUCAAUAAUAUAUGCAUGUCCAACAUGGCUAGAUUGAAAAUCA